CAGCCUGCGAGAGGAACAGCGAGCAGGGAAGAGAGAGGAAACGGAGAUGGCGAGCAUCAACAUGGGGCCGAGACCGCUGCUGCUGCUGGGGCUCGCGUGGCUCCUCAUGGCCGUCCUAACGCCUAAUGUCCGAGGUCUACACAACAACGAUGACCAGAACCAGGACUCCGAGUGCAAGAUGAAGAGCGUCACCGUGUCUGCGCUGCCUUUUUUGAGGGAAAACGACCUGAGCAUCAUGCACAGUCCGUCGGCCUCCGAGCCCAAGCUCCUGUUCUCCGUUCGGAACGAUUUUCCCGGGGAUGUCGUGGUGGUGGACGACCUGGAAAACACCGAGCUCCCGUUUUUCGUCUUAGAGAUCUCUGGGAAUUCAGAGGACAUCCCUAUGGUGCGAUGGAAGCAGCAAUGGCUGGAGAACGGCACUCUGCUCUUCCACAUCCACCACCAGGACGGCAGCAUGAACCCCCCCGAGCCCACCCAAGACCCGGCCAGCGAUUCUGCAAAGGAGGAGCUCCGCAUCCUGCACAUCUCUGUCAUGGGCGGGAUGAUCGCCCUUCUGCUGUCCAUCCUGUGCCUCGUCCUGAUCCUCUACACCCGCCGGCGCUGGUGCAAGCGCCGCCGCAUCCCCCAGCCCCAGAAGAGUGCCAGUGCUGAGGCGGCUAAUGAGAUCCACUACAUCCCCUCGGUGCUGAUGGGGGGCCAGGCCCGCGAGAGCCUGAGGAACUCCCGGGGUCAGGGGCCCAACUCCAGCGGUACCCUCAGCAUCCGGGAGACUCCGAUUUUGGAUGGGUACAAGUACGAGUAUGACAUUACCGACCUGCGUCACCAUCUGCAGCGGGAGUGUAUGAAUGGCGGCGAGGAGUUUGCCAGCCAAGUCACCCGUACCCUGGACUCCCUCCAAGGCUGUAAUGACAAGAAUAAUAUGGACCUCACACCUGUGAGCGACAACACCAAGCUGGCCCUAAUGAACAAAUACAAGGACAACAUCAUCGCCACGAGUCCCAUCGACAGCAAUCACCAGCAGAACACGCUGCUCCCACACAACACCUCCACCAGCCAACGCAAGCGGCUCUCCAGCAAUACCCGAGGGGGUUCAACUUUCUUGAACCCCGACGGGGACUCUGGAACGGAGGCAGACAGCGAGCCUCAGCUGGCCUUUUACACCGACCCAAACCGCAGUCGACGCCGGAGUCGAGGUAUGAGAAACGGUAACGCCAACAGCGCGUGGGGCUCAGGGGCAGGUUCCCCGCGGAGUCCCAUCAAUAAGACCACCCUGACUUUGAUCAGUGUCAUCAGCUGCGUGAUCGGCCUGGUGUACUCCUCUCACAUGUCCUGCAGCAUCGCAGUACGGGUGGUUCUACACGUUCCAGAGCACCUCAUCGCUGACGGAUCGAGGUUUAUUUUGCUGCAGGGGAGCCAGAUGGACGCAUCAGACUGGUUGAACCCGGCCCAGAUCUUGUUGUAUUACCAACAGAACGCCAGUGGUCCCUGGGUCAACGAGCUGUGUGGACGCCGCCUCCUGGACCCCUGUGAGCACCAAUGUGACCCUGAAACAGGAGCAUGCCUCUGCCUUGACGGCUACAUGAAGGACCCGGUCCAUAAGCACCUCUGCAUCCGCAGUGAGUGGGGGCCCAAUCAGGGUCCCUGGCCUUACACCAUCUUCCAGCGCGGGUUUGAUCUUGUGAUGGGAGAACAGCCCUCUGAUCGCAUUUUCAGAUUCACAUAUACCUUAGGAGAAGGGAUGUGGCUGCCGUUGAGUAAAAGCUUUGUCAUCCCCCCCGCCGAGCUAGCCAUCAACCCUUCAGCAAAGUGCAAGACGGACAUGACAGUCAUGGAGGACGCGGUGGACGUUAGAGAGGAACUGAUGAUCAGUUCAUCCUUCGACUCCUUGGAAGUCCUCCUGGACUCCUUCGGGCCGGUCAGAGACUGCACCAAAGACAACGGAGGCUGCAGCCGCAACUUCCGCUGCAUCUCCGACCGGAAACUGGACUCCACAGGAUGUGUGUGUCCUCCAGGGCUGAGUCCUAUGAAGGAUGGGACCGGGUGCUACGACCACCACAUCGGCAUCGACUGCUCCGAUGGGUUUAACGGUGGGUGUGAGCAGCUGUGUCUCCAGCAGCUGGCUCCUCUGGAGGAUGACCCGACACUCUACAACAUCCAGAUGUUCUGUGGGUGCAUCGAGGACUACAAGCGUGGUCCAGAUGGGAGGUCAUGUCUGCCGCUGUCGGAGGCCUGCACCGAGGGAAUAGACUGCGCCGAGGCAGUGGACAUCCCCGCUAACCAGACUGUGUUCGGAGACCUUUUCUACGGAUACAACAACCACUCCAAAGAGAGCACGUCUGGACAGAUCCUCAAGGCCACGUUCAGGCAGAAGAACUUUGCCCGAGGCAUCGAGCAGCAGCUCCCAGAUGGCAUGGUGGUGGCAUCGGUGCCAACAGAGGUCCAGUGCCAUGAGGAGCUGUCGGACCCUAUUCCCGACCCAGAAUACCUCACAGGUAUGGUGAACUUCAGCGAGGUGUCUGGCUACCCCCUGGUUCAGCACUGGAGUCUUCGCUCUGUGCUGUACCACGUCAAACUCAAUCAGUGGGUCCUCUCUCAAGCUUUCAGCUCAGCCAUCCAUUCUCUGGACGGGGCAACGCAGCGGAGCGACUUUGUCUCCAUCCUCAGGGAGUUUGGGAACCAUUAUGUUCAGGAGGCGGUGUACGGCUUCCAGGAGUCCUGCACCAUCUGGUACCCCAACAAACAGGUCCAGAGACAGCUGUGGCUCGAGUACCAGGACAUCAGUAAAGGUAACUCUCCUUCCGAGGAGUCAGAAGAGCGCGAGAAGGAGCCGAGGACGCUGACCUACCCCGCCUACAUCGCCAGCCUGCUGGACACAGGAGCAAAGCGCAUGGCCGCCGGCGUCCGCAUGGACUGCAACAGCCAGGGCCAGUGCCCGCGCUCCUGCCACCUCUGCCACAUGAGCCCCAGGACGUCCCAGGGGAGGCAGCAGUCUGAGCCCGUCCUGCUGCAGAUCACCAAGGCUGCACCCAUCUAUGAACUGGUGUCCAACAAUGAGACCUACCAGUCUCUCCAGGAGGCGAUGAUGAGCAUGCUGUGGUGUUCGGCAAAAGGUGAUGUCAUCGAUGACUGGUGUCGCUGUGAUUCCAGCGCAUUUGGCACAGACGGACUCCCCACCUGCGCCCCACUGCCACAUCCUUUGCUGAAGCUGUCCUACACCUACGAGCCCAGCAGCUCAUUGGUCAUCAUGGAAUGGAACCACACUGAGCCACCAAUCGGCGUGCGCAUCGUUGAUUACCUCAUUAGCCAGGAGAAGGUGACGGAGAGGAUGGAUCACUCCAAAGUCGAGACAGAAACCCUUUUGAGCUUCGUCGAUGACAUCUUGUCUGGGGCCAGGUCUCCCUGUGUGAUGUUAGGGGACAUCCCCGACCUCCUGUCCUCCUCCAUCAGCAUGAUCAUCCGCUGCCUAGAGCCGGACACCACCUACAUGUUCCGGCUGUGGGCAGUAGACAACACAGGCCGCCGCUCCAGCCCCAGUGAGGUCACCAUCAAAACUCCGUGUCCAACUGUGGAUGACGUCAAAGCACAAGAAAUCUCAGAUAAGAUCUACAACCUGUUCAAUGGUUACACCAGUGGGAAGGAGCAGCAGACGGCCUACAACACUCUAAUGGACCUGGGGGCCCCCACACUCCACCGCGUGCUCUACCACUACAACCAGCGCUACGAGAGCUUUGGGGAAUUCACCUGGAGGUGUGAGGAUGAGCUGGGACCCAGGAAGGCCGGCCUCAUCCUCUCCCAGUUAGGGGAGCUCAACCCGUGGUGUAAGGGUCUUCUUCAGGAGCCGAAGAUCGGCCUCCGCAGGAUGUCCCUCAAGUUCCUGUCCUGCCGCUACACUGACACCAAGGCCUUCGGGCUGAACUGGUCUCACAUGGGCCAAGACGUCCACAAGGCCUGCGACGAGCAGACACUUACCGUCAUGUACAACGACUACGGCGAGCCCAAGGAGCUGUGAAACUAUUAAAGGUUUCUAUUGCAAUGUGUACAGGAAUAUGGGAAAUGUGUCAAACCCAACAAAGAAACAAAUAGAAUGCAGAUUUUACAUUUGUUUCCCUUAGCUUAAUGUAUUUAUAGUGUCAUAAGCAAAUUCUUAAAGGUCCCCUAUUAUACUGUUUUUCAUCGAUAUAUUAUAGGUCUCAGAUAUAUACAAAACAUGUCUCUCAAGUGUUUUGCUCGAAAUACCAAACAGAUCAUGCAUUGUAGCAUCCC